AUGAAGCUAGUGUUGACGCAUCUGAGCGUUGCUGGUAAGGAGGAUGCUCCAAUGCUGCAGGUGGAGUAUGCCGUUCGAGUUCCCAAGGCGCUCCGGGGCUUGGAGAGAGUCCACAGUUGGGGAAAUGCAAUGGUCAUUGAUGCCCGUUUGGAGACUAUGUCCAGAUGGUCUUUGCGUAGCACUUGCCAGGGGCAACACUUGGAACUUCGUCAGCAGCUGAGUCGCUGCAAAUGGCGGCUGGCUCCCAACCUGCCGGCUCCCUGGGACCAGGCAACAGUGCAACAGCAACCUCCAGCUUUUAUCAAAGCACAAGCGCGAGCGCCAGGCAUGGACUUGCUGGAUUUCGUGGAGAAAUUGGCCACGAAACUGACACGCACGAAGAAGGAGGAAGAGGAUGCGCAACAACUUCAGCAGUUGCACCUUGAGGUUGCUCGUCAUUUGCUGCGAAGACUUACCAGCCGCAAUGCACGCAUAUUUCUAGGCAUCCAAUACUUCUGCAAUCUUUGCGCUGCUGCCUUCCUGCCGUUUGCCGGCUACCAGAUGAUGACCAGUUGUGAUGAAGGGUUCCCAACCUACAUCCAUGGAGCGUGGUUUCUGUACAUGUGCAUCACCAAUUUGAUGUCCUUCGCCCUACUGCGAACUGUGAGCGGACAGCACGCUGCAGCUUUCUGCUACCGCUUCCGUUGGCGCCUGCUGCGCCUGCUGUUCCGAGCUGUGUGCUCCUUUAUCCUUCUAACUGACACCUAUCAGGAUGCAACGUUCCCAGUGAUUGCCAACAAAUGCAACUUUGAACUCUGGUUUGUCUCAGCAUGGUUGGUUGGCUUGGGUGUUGGGCUCAUGCAAGUCCUGGUGCAACUUUUGGUCAUUGCCUCAUGCGCGAAGAAAUAUCAGAACGCCACAACUCCAGAGGAGCGAGACCGAUUGUUGGUGCAAGGAGCCUUCAUUGCCUUGCGAGGUUCCGACAACUUGGUGUUGGUCUACGCGGUGCGUCCAGCUGUUGAGGAACGCCUUGGUGGUUCCAGUUCGUGGGCCAUGAAGCUUUCAGAGGCUCGGAUUGCUCUUCUGCGCUUCAUCUUUGAGGACGUGGAGCAAAGUGCCCUGCAAGCGGUAUUUUUGAUUUUCUAUGAUGAGGCUGCCAUUGGCGACAAACUUUGGGUGACCACCUCCAUUCUUACAUCUUUGCUACUGUCCUUCACUAUUGUGGUACAAUGCAUGCCCGAAGUGCGGGACUGGCUUUGGCACAGGCGGGUCUUCUGGUUCAUCCUUGUGGCUCUCAUCUACCGAUGUCUCUCCGCCUUUCCUUGGAUCUCAGCUUGCUCUCCCACGGGUGAUCCAUGUCAGAGCAGAGAAUGGUGGGAAUUCUACUGGGGCUGUGCGAAUGGCCGGACCACCCUGCUAGGAUUAGAAGCUCGCAUCAAAGUGGUUGACGAGACCAUCAGCAACUCCACCAUAGGUGUGGCCAUCAUUCUAUCUGCAGUAGCCUUGGCAACAGUGGUCUGGUGGACAAGGAAAAAGUGUCUCUCAAUCUACCAGCGGAUGAAGCUAGACUCAUUGGAGAGUUACAACUUCUCGAAGCGAAUGCAGCCCCAGCAGGGACAGCCUCUGAGACCUCUGUUGGAUGCUGAUGAUGACCUUUGGCUGGACGCAGCUCGUCAGCUGUACCCCGUCCUUUCGAGGGCCCAGGUGCACAAACAGAAAGCCAUGGCAGUAGCGCUGGAGACCAUUGACCGUAACACCUUCACUGUCAGCCGUGCCCACUUGGGUGGAUGGUCUCUUCCAGGUGUCCAUUGGUACCUCUGUCGGCAGAUUCCCAAAAAGUUGAACAAGUUUGUCCAAACCGCGAAUUCGUUGGCGUUGCCCCAAGAAUCAAUGACCAACGUCUAUCUCUUCCGCACCACGGUGAGCCACGCGGUGAGGGUCGCCAAGGUACGACGCCACGUCCAGCAGCUGUUGUCCAACCGGCAUUUCAUCAAGGCCAGUCUCGAGAGAAAGGCCUUGUGGAUCCUGGAGUGUCCUGACACCCCCCCUGUACGACUGCUGCAUUGGUCUGAGAUCGCCAAAGCUGGGGCACUUCCGAAGUAUCAGAACGGUGGUGCCGCAAAGCCAGUUGAGCAGCUCUUGGAAGACGUGGCUGAGAGGCUGUCAGUCCCACGCGAGAGCGUUGAGCAGCGGCUGGUGGUUUUUCUCCUUUCACACCGUUGGCUGCGCACGGAAUCGGAUUAUCAUCCGGACUCGGAGGACAACGUCAAGGCGAAUAAGUUGGUGUCCUUUGCACGCUGGUUCAUGCGCUUGGCUGAUGCAGCGGGAGUGCCCUGCGAAGUGGCCUUCUGGAUUGACUAUUGUUGCUGCGAACAGGAGGACCGUUUCGGCAUGGACUUGGCCAUGGCUGCUUUGCCACUUUACAUUGCCUGUUGUACAAAAGUCGUCGUUUGGCGAACCCCAGACUUUGACCGAAGAUGUUGGACAAUGGUGGAGCGCUUGCUGUCCUACUCGUUCUGUUCGGGAGGAUUAACCCCGUAUGUCAUCGACUCGUCCUUUGUGGAUGAGGAUGAGGAAGAAGAGGAGGACGAAGAGGACGAAGCUUCGCAUCCAGACGAUUCGCCAUCCAUUUGGGAGGUGCGAUUGGAUGAUGAGAGCUGGGUGCCCUUUGAUGACUUUGCGCAAGCCAUCUUGCGAAGUGCAAAAGCCGCAGGCCUGCCGCGGAGUGAGGUGAUGUCAGUGGGCCGGCGAUAUGAAGUGGACUUCAAACACAUGUGCCAGAAGAGCAAAGAAUCAGGAAAGCAGCGCCAAAUACGGGAACGCUCUCUAAAGCCUGGGGCUGAAGGCAAAACUUGGAAAGAAACCAAACCUGCUUUAGUAUCAGAGCGCCAGAAGCCUGGGAGAGCCAGUCAGAGCACCAUCAAUUCAAUACAAGACCGCAUCCAUCGAGUGGCCAAGAAAUUGCCCAACCCCUUGGACCCUGAGACGUGUCUUCUGAGCCGUGAGAGCCACCGGCGUCACAUCUCUUCCUUAGUGAGCGUUGCAAUGCAGGUGCCAGCGUUCGAAGUCUUUGCAGAUCGUCAGCCAGUUGAAUGGGGCUUGACGGAAGUCAUCGAGCAUUCACUGGUCAGCCAGGAGCCGCUUCCCAAGGAGGGUGUCACAAGUGAUUUGCUGGAGCUUUCUGCUGGUCGCGUCGGCCCAAAUGCCCCGACAACAUCUUGGUGGAAGUUAGUCGUUUUGGAACCAGGAAAACGCACACGGCAUGUGGACCCCCUCUCGGAUAUGGACGUCAUCGUUUGGAUGGACUAUGGCUCAGUUCCCAGCACGCCGCCUCCAAGUCCCGAGCAGUUGGAGAUGCUCUUUGCGGAUGUGGACCUGGCAAUUGAUCAGGGAACGAAGAUGGAGAGGGAGGAGUGCAUCAAAGAGACAGCUGCUGUGAACAGCAAUGACGAAGCACAAAUGGAAGCUGCUGUUGUUCGAGCACGAGAGGUUGAACUGCAAGCAAAAACAUCAGCGGUGUCUUGCCUCGUGACGAAUCGGCUACUAGCGGCAGCAGAAUCAGGUAGCGAGGCUGAGAUGAGGAACGCGCUCCGCUUCGCACGGGAGAAGGGAAUGGAAAAGCUUCAGGUUUACAAAGAGGCAUCGCUGUGUGGUUUUCGUUGCGUUUUUCCGGGGGAUGGCAAGGACAAGGUGUUGGCCCUGCAGCAGGGCUUGUAUGGCAAGCAGCUCUUGCCGCGCCUGGAGCGGUUGGUCUCCGAAGAUGCGGACUUCGCAGAGUUGGGCGCCGUGCAUCACACGGCGGAGACACAUGGCCUGGUGGAGUUGGCCAGGCGGGUGCUGGCACUAGGAGAGUCGCGCUUGAAGCAGGCUGCCCUACUGGACACUGAAGAUGCUUUGCAGAAGGCACUGCAAGUGAGAGAUGAGGCGAAGGCUUGUGGCUGGUCGGCCGUGGAACAACUUGCAGAGGUUCAAGUGUUGCGCUUGACCAUGGAACUUGCGUUGGCUCGAGCCGAGCACAGCGACGACAUGGCCACGCUGCGGGCCGUGGAGAUGCGCGCGCAGCAGGAGAACUUCACGGAGCUGGCGGAGCGAGCCGCCAGGAAGGUCAAUGAGACAGCGCGAAAAGUGGGGCAGAAGAUGGGCCUGCCUGCGGGCUGGGAUGUUGUGGAGCGUAUGGCUGGUACAGAUGCUGCACGCUUGCUGAAGAAGGACGAGGAGACGGGACAAGCUCUCCUGAAGAGGGUUCAGGAGUUAGUGGACGCAACCUUCUGGGGUUGGGGUGGUCAUGGUGCUAAGACCCGCACACGUGACCGCGGCUCUGAGCCAGUGGCGAAGAAGUUGAAGGUGGUCAGUGUCAUCUAUGUCCAGAAUGCGGAGGUUUAUGUGAACUACCGCGCACGGCGAGAGGAGAUUAGUGCCAGCAUAACUGCUGAGAUGGCCACAGGGGAUGCCUGGGAUGUGAAGACUGCUGCUGUUCCACUUCUUGGUGGCCGCUUAAAGGAAAAUCCAGUGGAUCCCAGCAUGAACGAGCAUUACCUUUGGCAUGGCUGCAAGCCUGAAGGGGCUGAAGGGAUUACCGAUGCCAACUUUGACCUGAAGCGCGCUGGUUCUGCUUAUGGUUCGCUCUUCGGCCCUGGUAUCUAUCUUGCCGAGAGCUGUAUGAAAGCGGAUGAAUACACAUCCCCAGAUGCGCGCGGAUACUUUCCAUUGCUCCUAUGCAGAGCCACAUUGGGCAACAUCAAUUAUUGCGACCACCCUUCACCGGUGUCAAUCAGCCCAUCGCUGGUUGCUUCUUGUAAAGCAGGUGGGGGUUAUCAUUCAGUACUAGGAGACCGGGAGAAGAUCAAUGGCACUUUCCGGGAGUUUAUUGUCUUUGACAAUCAUCAAGUGUAUCCGGAGUACAUUGUUUGGUACCAGCGGCAGUUCUAAGCGGAUCAGUUCCGCUGAAAGAGGCACUUACUUGAGUCAGUAGUGCUAUACAUAUCCAUCACUUAGCUAGCUGUGCUCCUUGAAGUGUUCUUGGCCUGGAGUUUGUGUGGCACAUUUUCACUGCAGAUAGUUCAUGAAGUUUCCAUAGAUGUUUUCUCGAAGCGGC